AAUGAUGAUUAUGAUGAUGACGAUGAUGACCUUAGAUGUGCUCUUUUCGAUCAAUAAAUACAAUCAAUUUACAGUUUUUGUUUAAUUUAAAUGUAAUUCAUCUUGAUUUACUUUUUAAAUUGUACUGUUCAGAUAUAAGUGCACAUUGUAAUAUUAUAUUUAGUAUAAUCCCCACAAAUUGCUAAUGCACCUGGUGGCCAUUUUGACGGCGUAAGUGUGACAUAAUUUAUCUUAUGCAUUUUGUGCUAUCUAUAGUUUCUAUUUUUAAAAUAACGUCAACCGGGUGUUAUUUAGAAAAGGUUCCAGUGAAUUAUCAGUUUAAGGGACUUAUAUUACAAUAUUUUUAUUGUACACAUUAAAGAGAAAUGUUACUUUUUCAAAAAUAUUGUUUAUCUAAUUGUAAAUUUACCUCCUAUGAGAAUGAAUGUUUUUAAACCUAGAUCCAUUAUUCUCUUUUAUCUUCAUAGUCCGAUUGUAAAUAAAUAAAUAAUUAAAAGUUAAUAAUAUCUUCAUUGAUUAUUUUCAAUCAUCUAAAAUCAGUUUUUAAAAUAUAAAGAGUUCUAUCGACAAAACGGAUUAUAUCGUAAGUGUCACAGCUCUAGUGACAGCUGUCACAGAGAUCAAGCUAUAUUUUAAGAACUUAUAGUGGCCAUGAAAUAAAAAAAAACGUAAUAAUAAUUUCUAGUGUGUUGAUAAUUUAAAUGAAUGUAUGAACAUAAUUUAAUUAUUAAUCUUGUUUAUAAAUAAAAUAUAAUAAUUACUAGUGAAUGAAGUUUAUCAUGAAAUCUUUGUUGCAAUGUAUGUGAGUAUUUCAAAUAUAGUUUAUAUAAACUACAAUAUGUUUGUUAAUUUAAUUUUGUUAAAAUUUCAGAAAUUUAAAUCACCUUUUAUAAGGCAUGCCUCAUUAAAUGAAAUAAAAAACCAAAUAAAACGUGGCCGAUGUCAACCAGCAGCUACAGAAGAAGAAAAGGAGAAAGAACUUGAAAAAAUAGCUAAAGAAGCAUCAAUAGAUGAUCCACCGACAGCAUGUUGCCGUACAGGUUGUGCAAAUUGUGUUUUCAUUGUGUGGGCUGAAGCAUUAGCAAAUAAAAUGCAAGAUGCUGGUCCUGAAAUCACAGAUAAAGUACUCAAGAUGGUUGAUGAUCCCUCAAUGAAAGCAUAUUUGGAGAUGGAGCUCAGAUUACGAUUGAAAAAGUAAUCGAUGGGUGUGUUUUGUUGUGACAGAUUAUUUAGAUUUUAUUGUAGUGAGGAACAAGUUACUCAUAUCUACUAAUAUGAAGGUUUUAUUUUCAAUCU